AUGGCAGCGGCGGCCGGCGGCGAGAGGUGGAGCCUGGCCGGCGCCACAGCGCUGGUCACUGGAGGUAGCAAGGGGAUCGGACACGCCAUCGUGGAGGAGCUGGCCGGGUUCGGCGCACGGGUGCACACGUGCGCCCGCAGCGCGGCGGACCUGGAGGAGUGCCGCCGGCGGUGGGCCGAGAAGGGGCUCCGCGUCACCGUCUCGGUCUGCGACGUCGCCGUGCGCACCGGCCGGGAGAAGCUCAUGGACACGGUCAAGGCGACCUUCGACGGCAAGCUCGAUAUCCUGGUGAACAACGCGGCGCUGCUGAUCCUCAAGCCGCCGGCGGAGUACACGGCGGAGGACUACUCUCUGAUCAUGGCGACCAACCUGGAGUCGUGCUUCCACCUCAGCCAGCUCGCGCACCCGCUGCUCAUCAACGCCUCCGUCGCCGGCGGGGGAAGCGUCGUCCACAUCUCUUCCAUCGCGAGCUUCCUGGCGUUCCCACAGGAAGCGCUCUACAACGUCACCAAAGGUACGUGA